AUGAAGGAAGGCAGACGUGCGAUUCUGAGCUCGCGAGUUAUUGGACUUGUACUUAUUUUGUGUCUUGUUCAUACCUUGAGGAAAGAUAAACAAAAUUAUUCUUUUACCAGCGAGUACUUUGGUCUAUGUUUCCCGCAUUCCUCGUCGGUUAAAGAGGUAAACUGGGAUACGAGACACUGUACAAAAUGGCGGACACACGUGCAUGUCACUAUCAGUAUGAGAGUGAAACGAGCAAGCGCUACUACAGCCUACUACGCCAACUCAACCUCUACCUUUAGACCUGUUAUACAACUGCUACAUGAUGUGGAACUUAACCCUGGACCUGCAAACUGCUCUAGUGGAGACAAGUCAGAAAAGUCAAAUGGCAAUGUUAAAAUCGCACAUCUUAAUGUUCGCUCGCUCAAAUGCCGUGAGCAUUUCGUUCUUGUAAAGAAUGCGGUACUGGAAAAUAAGUUUGAUAUAUUUACCGUAUCCGAAACAUGGCUCAACAGUUCAGUUACGGAUUUGGAGAUAGAAAUCCCUGGCUAUGUUAUCUACCGAAUCGACCGACAGGCGAGGGUUGGCGGUGGAGUAUGUGCUUAUGUCUCACGAAAUUACAGGACGGAGUACUUGAGUGACAUUUCUCUUAUCACGGCCUCUGGCUUCCAUCAACUGUGGCUAAAAAUCCACGUCAGAAACAUGAAGUCCUUCCUUGUCUGUACAACCUAUAGACCACCGGACACUUCUUUAUCUUGUUUCGAUUCAGAUCUUACAGAGAACUUUA